UGCACUUUGUCACUAAUAAGGCCACCAAGACGUAAAUAAACACUUGGGAGGUAGAAGUUAUGAAGAAAAUUAAAUGCACCGUGGCAACGUUUGAAUGUAUUACUCCGCCAUCUGAAGCGUGACGUCACGAUCGGCGCCAAACAGUCAAACAGGCAAGAGUUGUUGGUUGGGCCGCGAUGAGGGACUGGCGUGGGUGGACUGAUGGCGUGUUGUUUGUGUUAAAAGACAUUACCUGCAUGUUGUGCCUCGUGCUGUGAUGCGUGGUGCGUGGGUGUGGUGUCGCUGGUGACGAGAAGAAAACACCCAGGCAGAAGGCGGUGGUGCUCGUGUGUUGGUGACGAAGGGUGUGUGGCUGAGUGGUGGUGGCUAUGGGUGAGUGCCUGAGUGGUGCUGCAACGUGGCCGGGACAGGGAGAUGGAGGCACGAGGCGAUCAGUGGAGCAGUCUGGCAGUCACACACCAGCACGGGGAGCAAGGAAGUACUGACAGGACCACAUGUGCCGGGAUGCAGGGAACAACUUGGCCAAGACACAUCACAAUAACAACAAGAACAACGGAGCAAACAACAAAUAACAACAAACAACAUGCGUGGUGACCCUCGGAGUAGGAAGAACACAACAGAGAGGGUGGCCGUACCAGCAGCAGCAGCAGCAGGACCACCACCACCAUCGCCACCACCGGCGUGAGGUAGCGGUGGUGGACAGCUUGUAACACCCCCACCACCACACCCCAGCGCCCCCACCUCCCACCAGCACCAGCAUGGGGGAGAGCAGCAGUGAUCUGAUGGAGGCCACGCCCCCGUCCUCGCCGCCACCCGUGCACCACUCGCGCCACCACGAUCACGGGUGGCGGGGCGGCGGCAGCAGGCUGGCGGCGCUGCUGAGGGUGCGGCGGCAGAAAUUACUUCGUCAGGAGCAGGAGGGGCGGCGCAACCUCUCGGACUCUGAAUCCCUGGGCGGGUCGGUGCGGUGCCGCUGCGGGACUCACAAGGGCCUGUCCAGGAACAACUCGACUCAGAGUGCACAGUCUGCGGCCACCGUGCACACGCUGGUCUCCUCUUCCACCGCCUCCUCCAACAGACAGGUGCGUCCCCUCGACAACUCAAGGAUCCGAAGCGCCCCAGACGACCCUCACUCCCUCCAGGUAGAUAGCGAAACACGAACAGUCCAGCGCAUUAACUCACCAACUCAGGGAUGACGGGCCACCAUCGACAACAACGUCUAUUUCAUAACAGUCCUCGCCCGUCAUGGACUCAGGCUGCUCUAGGUGACCCCUGUCGUCCAAUAGAGUGUGCACUUGUUUCGAAGAUAAGCAUUAUAGUGUUUUACUUUUUUACUAUCACUUAUUGGCACUAUAGACAUGUUUUUUGAUGGAUAUGAUACAAGAUGGUCCUCCUCUUACUAUAGAUGUGUUGCCAUAGUGACCACCCGCAUGGCCAGUGAUGAACCUGCCACCUCUCCCUGCCUUAACACCAGGCCCACGUGUCUGACUCUUCGGCUUAAGUGUUAGCUAGAACUCUGUAUUAGAGCUUCCCUCAACAGACCGUUCAUCCAACCUUUAUCAGUUGUAACUACUGUUAGGCAUUUCUUAACGGCAAAUAAAAUUCUCUCUCUCUCUCUCUCUCUCUCUCUCUCUCUCUCUCUCUCUCUCUCUCUCUCUCUCUCUCUCUCUCUCUCUCUCUCUCUCUCUCUCUCUCUCUCUCUCUCUCUCUCUCAAUAGUGUAGUGCAGUGUGCUAUAUCACAUAGGCAUGACAAGAGUUUUCUUAUUUCUUUAAGGUCAUUAACUUAUAUGUGAAACACAUUCCUCUCUUCUUUUAUCAUAUCUCUCAACUCUGCCUACUCAAGUGUGGCUGGAGCUCGUCUCUUUAUCUGUCCAAGUGUGCUGCAGUAUGUGUUUAAAACUGACUUCGUGUUCGCAGUCGCCGACAUGGAGGUAAAUAUAAUUUGCAUUCGUUUCAAUGUCCGGUUAAAUAAAAAUCUUAAAUCAACAGUUUGAUGAAAAGUUCUUAUGAUAUCCUGCUCCGCCUGCGCCUCCACAGAGUGCUAAACUGUGUACGGGAUACAUCACUUACACACACACACACACACACACACACACACACACACACACACACACACACACACACACACACACACACACACACACACACACACACACCUCCCCACACACACACACGCACACACAGGCACACACGCACGCACGCACAGACAGGAGGUAACGUGUUAUUAGAAGGAGCACCACGUAAGGAGAAGCUUGUAGAGAACAGCACCAAAAUGUGGCUUAAAGCGCUGCUUGUAAUACAAGUGUGCCAAGGUGUCCAGCAAGGAACACUUGGAAGGGAACACUGAGAAACACCAGUUCAAACACUUAGUGGCUGUAUAUUUGUUUUAUGUUAUGCACAAAGAAAAGAAAAGAAAAGAAAAGAAAAGAAUAGACAACAUUGACACAGAGACAAGAGGCGCAAACUUCACAUUAUCUGUCUUCUUCAAAAGUUUUUUUAAAAACUGAGGUUGGAAAUUUUAUGACUGUCAGUUCAACGACUUUGAGUCACUUGCGCCUUGCUGCACAUCCUGAAUACCAACUGAACAAUGACGAGGCGCGUCAGUCUUGGUCGUUCAUGUGUUAGAAAUCUUAAUAAAAGUGUCAAUUAGAGUCACUCCUGAGAAUACUGUGAGGUGCCGCGCGUCUCCUCAGCGGUCUCUUCCCGCAGGCACGGAAGGGAAGGGCUGCACCACUCCGAGCUGCAGGCACUUCACCAGGUGCGGCGCCAUGCUGGCCCGGUCGUAGCGCACGGUGCACGGGUCCUGCCCCCCUGCGAUGCUGAAGGCAAAGGCCAGUGUGAACAGGCCGCAGCUGUGCCCGUCAUUCUGGCGCUGCACGGGCCGCACUGUGGCGCCCGGCGGCGGCACGUGCUGCUCUUGCAGAGGCUUCAGCAGUGCAGUCGUGCAGGUGGACAGGCUGCUGUGCAAGGAGUCGUACGCCGCCAGCUGGCCACUGCGCUGCGCACCGUAAGAGGACAGCAGCAGCCCGCGGAUGUCCUCGUCCAAUCGUGUCCUUGUCACUAUCUUGCGUGAAGCU